CUGACCGCUAAAAUUCAGCUGUCAGUUGUUGUUGCGCGUCGGACACACUCUGUAGACGGUGAUUCAGCCAUCAGAUCCAGUCCACGAUAAAUGGCGCAAAUGAAGAACGCAUCAGAUUCAGGUUCAGAUUCAGAUUUACGUUCAGAAAGAAGAUCAGAGGUUUGCAAUGAUGAUGACAAAUUAUAUGGCAUAUGUGAAAGCUCCUCUAACAUCGAUAUUGUCGACGCGGACGUGACGGCGGGGGAAACUAUCGUGGAAACGCGUCCUCUCAACAACAACACUCGUUUCAGGUGGAUUAAAUGGAUCGCCGGCACGUUCUACUUGAUCGUCUUUAUCCUGUUGUUGGCUGACUGGCUGAGACCACAGUGCUGUAACAUGCAGAACAACUACAAGUGGUCGUUCGAGAUCGGUCUCCGGUACAUUAACGGACCGCCGCCGACAUGAUUCUAGUGACGCGGAAAUUGUAACUACGUCCCUAUCCCCAGCCCAAUUUUUUUUUUUUUAUUUCUGUGUCUUAUAUUACUAAACAUAGAUAUUUGUUAGGUAGGUACCUAUCUCAUUGUCACCGUCAAAUACGGGGAUGACGUUUCAAUGAUAUCUCGUUUGAGGGCCUACCAUAAUAUCAUGUCCACUCAUCAAAAUCAACGACAAAUAUAAUUUAAUUACUUACCUAUGUUUUAUAAUAUAUACGAGUACCUAUAUAUCAAAAAAAAAACAUUUUUUUUUCUUUUUUUUAAAUUAUUAUUUUUAUGUACAUUUUUACUGAUGUAUUAUUAGAUACUAUUUUUAUCGGACAUCGUUUAGAACAAAUAACUAUUUGCAAUUAAUGAAAACCUUAUAAACACUAAAUUACCAUCAUCAUAACACAUGCUUGUAUUGUAGCGUUAUUGUGUGGCUAUUAAUCACACGAGGUCGACUUUUUAUUCGAUCGUUUCGAUUCCUUUUUUAUGGUUGAUUUCCGUUUCUUUUUAAUGUAUAUCUGUUCUACUUUAGUGCGGUUGCUCUUAUUUUAUAUUGAUGUUUUUUUAAGUUAAAAAAUUAUUGUUAAAA